AUGCUGCCUGCCUUCUGUCCCGCAAACAGCGCCCUCCUCAUCCUCACCACGCAAGCCGGUGCCGGUUUCCUUCCCCGGAAGGCUGUCCCUCUGCGCCUCCGCAGGGAUCCCCUCCUCCGCCUCCCCCUCCUCCGCUUCCUCCUCCACCAGGGCUCAGCCCAAAGGCCAUUUCCUGUGAGGUCUUCCCAGGCCGUCCUGCCUGCACCCCGCCGUCACCGUCCCCUGACGCGUUCGCUGGAAGGCACCGCCAUGGUCUCCAACUGUCGCACUGGCUUAUUUAUCCCCAGGAUGUCCUCCUUCCAGGAAAUGAGCUCCAGGGAGCCUGCAUCCCGCUCACCGCGGGAGCUUCCACACCAGAACCCAGAGCAGUGCCUGGCCCGUCCUAGGCACUCCCUAAAUAUGACCCGUGAUCUCGUGCGUCAGGGCGUGUCCCUGUACAUCCCCCAGGCCGCCAUCAACGCCACCGUCAGAGAGGACAUCCUGCUUUCCGUUGAGUACUCGUGUCACGGCGUGCCCACCAUCGAAUGGACGUACACGUCCCCCUGGGGCGUGCAGAAGAUCGUGGAGUGGGAGCCGGGGACGCGGGCCAACGUCUCCCGAAGCCACAGGGACAGAGUCUGCACCUUCGACAACGGCUCGCUCCAGCUCUUCGGUGUGGGCGUGAGGGACUCUGGCUCCUACGUCAUCACCGUGACCGAGCGCCUGGGGAGCAGCCAGUUUGGCACCAUUGUGCUGCACGUCUCGGAGAUCCUCUACGAAGACCUGCACUUUGUCGCCGUCCUCCUCGCCUUUCUUGCUGCUGUGGCCGCGGUACUCGUCAGCCUCAUGUGGGUUUGUAACAGAUGUGCAUACAAAUUUCAGAGGAGGAGACGACACAGACUCAAAGAGAGCACAGCCGAGGAGAUGGAGCUGCAGGGCGUCGAGUGUUAGGCAGGCGGGCGCCUGCCCUCCUACCUCGGGACGAAGCCAUCCAUGGAA